ACUCGUAGUCAACGUCGUACAACAUCCCACUAUAGCACUGUUUUUCUCGACACAUUCGGAACACGAUACAUCACAAUUACUCUACAAACACCAGCUCGUUUCAUGUAUCCAUACAAAGAGUAUAACACACAGUGACACAGUUCUGCUCCCAGAAGACCAAAAGGAUAAAAGUUUUUUUUUCGUGUGAUUCCGACACAUAAUCAUUUUCGUCUGGAUUUGCUUCGAGAAUUGUUCGGUUCGAUAAAAUUAUCUGGAAAAAUGAGCCCGGUCGAAUAUUUGAUGUAAUUGGCGUUAGAGCGGAAAUGAAUAAUCCUUCUAGCGUAGAAAGGUGACUGAAGCAAAAAAUGUGAAAAUUGAAUUUUUCUUUGAAGGGAGAGAAUGUGUAAGAUUGUGUGAUUCCAGAUUAUCGGAAUAUUGAAAAAAUGAAAUUACAGGUAUUUCGCUGAUGUGUCUGUUCGAAAAUGAUUGUGAUAUUAUCGUGAUAUAAAAGCAGUUUGCAUUGAAUUUGCUUAAUCAAACACGGUUCGUUCGAACACAGACCCAGUUUGCGAAGUGAUGUGAUAAAUCGAAGAAGCUGCGCAUCCUAGCGCUUGUGUGAUGUAACAUUCAGUGGAUCAAGGGAUAUCGUCAUCAAAGAAAAUUGAGAAAUCAAGUCCCAAAUGAUUAUUAAAUGAGUCUGCUAAAUUCCCGCAAUGUUUGUACAGCUGUAAGUCAUCAAAGAUGAUAGUGAGUUUUUUCCCCGACCAUAUAUGGGGAGGAUGCACAACAAAACGUAGUCACCGGCAGAAGAAUUUAUGCUACCAUCGAAUCAUCUACGCUUUCAUUAGAGAUAAGUACAGCCAGAACCGGAAAUUGCGAAAAUCGUACUUCGCCCUGUUUUACAUUUCUUACGUGUUUAUCAAGAUGCUUCCGAUGACGCUGGCAAUCGAAAACAACACCGAGGCCAAAUCGAUAACGGCAAUAAAUGCACGAUCCCGUACUCUGCCCGAGGUGGUGUCGCCCCAUCUCGAGGAGGACGACGAUUAUUACGUCGACGAGGAGAGUGACGAGUAUGACAUCGUGAAAAAUAAGUCUGCAAAAGGAAUGUAUAUAGGAGCCCCAUGCGAAUUUACGUGCCACGCCAAGCUGCAUCACGUGUACUGUGAUCCCUCCACCAACACGUGCAGCUGCGAAAAAGAUUACGUAGUCCUGGUUGGAUUGCUGAAAGGAUGUGCCAAGCCCAAAAAGUUGGGUGAACAAUGUUUCUAUGAGCAAACCUGUCUCUACAAUGACGCAAACUCGCUUUGCGUACAAAUAAAACACAACGCCAUCUGCCAGUGUGCGCCCGGUUUCCAUUCCGUAAGCUACUCGAGGCCAACCAAACGUGUCUUCUGUACUCAAGAUAUGGCUGCAAUAACUGCGGAUCUUCCGACGUUAUUCGGUGUGACCAGUGGCAUUGCCGUGCUAGCCGGUCUCAUUUGCAUGGUCCUGCACUUAUUCAGCAAAACAAAAUAUCCUCGACCCCGACAUUUCGGUGAUGCCAAUCUUGCGCCGCCGAUUUUGUACAACAGUGAUACAGGGAUUCCAUUGACAAUACAGUCGGCAAGGCCGUCAUCACGUUCCAGUCAACGAUCUAGCGGCUCCAUCGGUUCCUAUGGCAAUCGACGGCCUUCAAGUGCUCCCUUACACGGUUCCAAAGGUGUCUUGGUGUCAACCUCGCGUACAGGUUCCCGAAGACCAAGUUUAGCUUCAAUUCAUAGUACAACUUCAUCGGUUCGGAGUUACAGUAUGCGUCGGUUCGAGCAGGAGGUUCAGCAGAAGGAGUUGCGACAGGAAAUGAAAAAACAUCUUGUCCGGUUGCAGGAGCAGCAGCAGAUGCAAAAGAUUAAACCGAACAUCAUCAUCGGCGACGUGAUAUCCUGUCCGAUGAACAAGCCAAUUCUCACAACGCCCAGUCCGCUAACGCCGAACUCGAUAGACGACCUGCUACCUUCGGUUGACGAAACACAGGAGUUUUCUCCGAACCACAGCCAAAGAUCUGUGAAUGACAGUAUGUGUGGUGGAUACGACGGACCUUGCAGCUCAACGGAACUAUUGAAACAAUGAACAUAAAAAGCAACAGCAAAAUAACCUGCUUUGUGACAGUAACGGAUUACACAUAUAUAAGAAAAGAACCGCGAAGAUAAUAACCUAGAGGUUAUCAUUGUUAAAUAGAAAUUUUAUGGAAUUUUUAGAUAAGUUAUAACCUUUAGGUACGACAUUUAUAUAGAACAAAUACCAAAAAAAAUGUAGUCGACAGCAACGGAAACGCGUGAAAUCAGUUUUAUCAAGUCCGAGGUAACGAUAGGACUAAAAACUAACGAAAGACCAAUCAAAUCAAAAAGUGAACCAGAACUCAGAAGUGAAUCGAAUUGAUUUAGCUCCUUUCCAGAAGACAAUUCUUGUAUGAGUUGACUGAUAGAUUCCGAUCCUAAACACAAGUUCCAAAGAGCAGCUAGAACAGAUUUACAAACAAUAUUUUGCUGAACCACAAAUAAGCAAUAUCCAUUCAGACAUCAGACGAAACGCUCAACCAAUUAUAAGUCAGUGAGCUUUUCUCUGUUUAAAGUAAAAAAUACGAUUUGACGGAUUGAGGAAAGUGUGGCACUAAACGGCUUAACUCGUUCUUAUGAAAAGUAAACGAAAAAUCGAGUACAACGUGGUUCGUUAGCAGAAAACAAUUAAUAUUGUAAACACUUAGCUCGGCCGCAGGAAUUUUCAUCUGAGAACUGUUAGUGCAUUUAUACUAUAAAAGUAGAUUCCUUCUAGUUGUGUUACAUUUUCAAUCCACGGUUGGAUGUGUUGAUAAAAGUUUCUCAAAGGAACAAUGCCGUUUACAAUAAUUCGAUUCGCUCUCAAACAGAUAGUAACGUUGAAGUUUAGCGUUUAUAUCUAGGAUCUUCUAAGUAGCUGUGGUUACAAUGUUUCAUACCUGGAAAGCACCGAUGAAACAGGAAGAAUAAGUUUCGUUUUGCAAUGAAUGAUGCUGGAAUACAGUGGAGUGAAGAAACACACAAAAAUUCGCAUGUUCGUUAUAUUGUGACAAUAUUUCAGCACUGUGAAUUGAACUGUUUCAUUAUUCUUUUGACUGCAAAUCUAGGUUGUUAUUCAACUAUAGAUUCCUAUUUAUAAAGCAGUAUUUGGUUAUAAACUAUGCUUAAUAAUUCAGUUCAUUUAACGAAACGGAGAAUUUUAAUUGAAGCUUAAUUAAUAGCGGUGUAAUUACUACUUCUUUUCUUGUUUGGUUUAUAUAGACUUUAAACUUUCGCAGUUCAUUCGUCUCAAGCCCAGAGAAGGGCCCUUGUGGAAAGAAAACUACGCCAUCACUUUAUAAUAUGUCUCAAGAAAGACAAUCCAUUCCCGCCGCCGGCAACGAACCGUGGAUCCUGAUAUGCGCAUGGACGUGAACGGUGACCUCCUUACACACGAAAGCACAGUAAUCAACAGGUGGAUGCGGUAUUUCGACAAACACCUCAACGAUGAAACAGCAGACACAGGCGUGAGAGAAAUUGACCUAGAAAAGCUGACACCCGACGACACGGUCCAAGCACCUGAAUUACAUGAAAUUCUGAAAGAGAUUGAGAAGCUGAAAAAUAACCGAGCUGGCAGCGACCAGUUGCCAGGCGAUCUUUUUAAUCUAUAAGAUCAAGAAUCAGAAGAGUAUAACCCCAACAUUGGAUGCGUGGGUUGGUAUGCCCGUCCAAACAGAGCGAUAGGUUGGACCGUAGCAACUACCGCGGCAUCAUUCUGUUCAACGCCACUUAUAAUGUUCUUUCCCAGAUCCUCUUCCGCCGUCUAUCACAUUUGACUAUACAGUUCGCAGGUCAGUACCGAGGUGGGAUUCACGAAGGUUCGCGCUACUGCGGACCAAAUAUUUACACUCCAGCAAACUCAGCAAAAAUGUCGGGAGUAUAAUAUAUUUACGCAUCACAUAUUCACCAACUUCAAGGCAGUGUACGAUACAUGAAUCGAGGACAACUAUAGCAACUAAUGCACGAAUAUGGUUCCCCAAAUAAAUUAUUUAAACAUUUCAGAGCUACCAAGGAGAAAGAGAUCAAUUUUGUGCGAGUUUCAGGGAUACUCUUGGGUCCCUUCGAAUUGUGCAGAGGAUUACGCUAUUGUAAACGGCAGUGAAUGAGCUCAUGUACUAGGGCAUCGCUGAUAAUGCUACCAUAAUGCUGAUAACGGCCAAACAAUGACACAAUGACACUAGCUUCACUGUGGGUCCCAAUGAACGGAAUUCGGCAUACACCACGGAGCUAAGGCCGAUUAAGGAAUACUGGUCGACUGCAAAAGGCGAACUAAACAAGAAGAAUAGAACUGCUUCAGACGAAAAAGAGAAGGAGCGAAAAUGAAAAAAAAAACGCGGAAGAAGAAAAUGAACGCAUAUUUAUAUUUUACAUUGAUGGAAAAAAUAUACGAGAAAGGAGUUCCUAUCGAUUCCUAUUCGCACAAAAAUCUGCAACACAAAUUCCAGCCGCUGUGGGCACACAAAACAUGCUCCUCACCAUACACCCAAAGUUAAUUUUUUUAGCAAAUGUUAUGUCACCCCGAUUCAUUAUAUUAAAUGAGCUGAAAAAUAACAGAAAAUGUUCUACUCCCCAAUGCAUGUAUAUCAUUUGUAUAAUAUAUAUGAUAGAGCCAAUAUGAGCGAGCGAAACAGGAGACACUUUAAAAUAAAAGCAUAUAAAAGCUUUUCGUAUAGUUUACCAAAUACACGGCCCAGGCAGAGAAAGAUAUAUUCUCGUUCAUGUUCUUCUUUAACCUCUUAGAAAACACGUUCCAACUUCAUUUUAUGAUGAGGUGUAAUAUUAUCACGCUUCUAUAUAACAGCGCUCGCAGCUAUAUGGAUAGCGUGGUCGUGUGAAAUAGCUUUGCAUUCCAGCCGGCCUUGGUUCGAUCCUCAUUGACGUCGUAUGGAUUUUUUUUGGCACAAUCCCAAAUGAAAUGAGAAAAUAAAACCGAAAGAGAUGUCUGCUCGCAUACAUACAAACCAUUUUUAAGCUUUUAAAAAAGCUCAUUAUUUGUGCUUUAACCUCCAGCACACGAAAUUGCAUCAUUUCUGCCAAAGAUGAAAUGUUUUCAGUCAACGCUAGUUUGGGUGCAGACUUCAUCUACGAGAACCGGAAUAAUCAGGGUCAAAGUGAACACCAAAAUGACCAACAUUCGUUGAGGAGAAAUAGCCAUAUUCAAUUUGUUCAAUCCGGAUCAAAAAUAAAGGAAGUUCGACUGUUGCAAUCAAAAUAAUGAAAUAAUUUUAUUCUAUAUCUAUUAUGAGUGAUUUUGUCUACUGUGAAGCAUCAGAAUGAAAUGGAGCUGGAACGAAGUUGCGUUGGCUCCGUAGCCACAGCAUGUAAUUCUGAGAGAGGACAUAGUAUCUAUCGUUUCGUGGAACUGCUACCACUUGAAAUGGAAUCGUGGAUGAAGAGGUUUCCAACGCCCAUAGUCGUUGUAUGAAAAGUUUGGCAAUUGGUCCCACCAGACCAAGUGGGCCACGUUCGACAUAAUCUGCAGAUUAGUUAGAACAAGUGCUGGUAGUGGAAGCAUGUCGAAUCUCGUCUCCCAGUCAAGUCCAAGAGUGAAAACGGAUUGAUCGUUCUGCAGACCAUGGUAGGGCGCAUGGUCUUCUUCGGGGAUACCUGUGAGGACUUCAUACGAAUUUGAAGCCCACUUCUUCAACGGAGAACCAGCCGCUGAAGCAUGGCAGUUAUUUUUGACGAAUGUGGAUAGCGUAUUCAACAGCAUCGUUACCAGACAGAAAAUCAUCCACGUACAAACACUUCUGGGCCACCGGUGCUGCGGCUGGAUAUGUACGGUUGUUUGUUCUGCGAUCUGCUGGAAAGUGCCAGUUGCUAAGAACUGAGACAACAAGAACGAGUGUUCAGUUCGUACGUGGGUUUCGACCGGGAAGCCAGAGGAUGAGCUGAUGUUGACAAAACGGCUGAUACAAUCGGAUCUGUCAAUACAUUUUUUCAACGUCGAUAACGAACGCAAUUUGGCGGAUGCGAUAUCAGAUGAGGAUCAACAGUAUAUCGUCUUAAACGACGGGUCCAACUAGUUGCGGGUCAUUUAAAGAGAAUCAUCGCAUCAAAUACAACUCGAACCUUUCUGGUCGUGCUGGAUUCCGUGAAGACCGGAUGGUGCUCGUCGUCAGCGGAUAACUUGGAGCAGGGUUCAACCAACUCCUCCACCGAUUCCAGACACGACGAUGUUAACUUUCGUGCGGCGUAGGAUGAGUACAUUGGACAAUCUCAUCGUGAUGAAGCUGCACAUUGAUCCAGAAUCUAGAAGCACACGAGCAGAAUUCUUCUUGCCAUUCUGGUCUACAACGAGGAUGGAGGAUUGAUACGGCAUCGUUUUCGAAGACAGUAAACAUGGAUGGAUUCAGUUGCUGAGAUAACUAAUUAGGCAUGAUAACUGGAGUGAACUGUACUUUUAGAGACUGCAGCUUCGUGUAGCAGGAUGUGGUCACAAUUUCGGAAAUCAUACUUGGAUAUACACUUUUGUGUCCAGAACGCAAGCAAUUCCAGCAUGGGUGCUUUUGGGAUAUCAGUUCUUGCCGUUGACUAACGGAUAUCUUGGAAAAUGCUAAUAGUUCUCUGGACAAGCGAAGCAGUGUAGAAUGGAAUUCUCGGCUUCGGUUGUGGCGAAAUUUGAUAUCAUCUUGGAAGGCUUCUGUUGGAUCGGUGUGAAAACGGUAACCUUGACUUGGCCGACUGUUGGAGCGAUGCUGCAGAUUGGCUGCUCAAGGCACCAUUCCAGGACCGACCGGUUUUUAUGAACUGAUGCGUUAUCCUAUUGGAAUACCCCAUCAUCAUGGUGGUUUCGGCGCAAAAAUGAUAGUAAAUGAUUCUACGUGUUGAUGAGACAGCUAUCUGAACCAAGCAUUUUUGAGAGAAUAAAACUUCCGCCUUCAAAAUUUAGAACGGAAAAAAGAUUUGAAUCGUUGCAUAAGUCCCUGCAGUAUGAAGCAAUACCACCCGGGUUGUGGUUCCCUUCAUAUAAGAUGAUCAUAUGAAACAGUGAACACGACAAAAUUAGCAGUCACUUAAAGUUAGUAUUAUAAACGAAUUUAGUUGUUAUACCCUACACUACACACCACCUUUUUUUUAAUGAGGUGAGGAACACUCUACCAGCCUUAUCUGGGAAGGGUUAACCCAGACAUUGAGUGGGGCUCUCGUCCACUAAAACCAAGCCCUCUAUUCGUAGCCUCUUUCCCCCCGGGACCACAUCUAGGCGAGUACUUCGAGGGGUGGCUGAGCUUAUGCACUUCUUCUGUCUACAAUGCUGAAUAACGUUGUUUAUACCCUUUUUAUUCUUCCUUCGUUCCAUUCCAUUCCAUUCCUUUCCGUUUACCCGUAGAGACGUACACCGAUUAGGAAUUGUCCUGUCACCCUCGCAAGAUUUCUUUUCCCAACGGAGCGCCGAUUAGGCAGUGCCAUCCAUCAUGAAGCACACUCCGUCACAUCUACUCUCGUGGAGUAUGUGAGGCCCUAAAUCCAGACAGGAAUCACCCGGCGCAUUCAUUGCGCACGUCCACACGUCUUACCUCGAGGUCGGUCCGUAAUCGAAAGAGGACUAUGCAACGAUGUGUCAGAGCUUCUCACCACGUUGACGUGUUGCCAGUAUCAAUAAUAAAUGCCCACAAUGACUUCCUAAAUGGACUACUCUUAUCGAGGGGUAUAUUGAGCUCAUUCACAGAGUAUACACCGGUUUAAUGACGUCCUCCUUGACGCUCGCGCAGUCGAAAAGCUUGCAGUAUUGCUCCAUCCAGGCCACGAUCAGGCGUUCCCAGGCAGGCAUGUUAUUGUUCUCCGCACCAGUAUCCGUUUACCCGUUGAGACGUGUACCGAUUAGGAAUUGCCCUCCAACUUGACGCGCAACCCGUCACGGCCACCCUCGCGGGGUUUCUCACCUGUCGAGACGUGAACCGAUUAGGAAGCGCCCUCCAACUUGACGCGCGCCCUGUCACAGUCAUCCUCGCGGGAUUUCUCUUCCCAACGGAGCACCGAUUAGACGAUGCUCUCCAUCAUGAAGCGCACUACGUCACAGUUACUCUUGUAGGGUACCAUCCGAUGCAACAGCCGUCGCCGUUGUUCACCUUUCACAGUCUCCACUGAUUGCAUUCCAGAUUCUCUCGUUACAACACAUCUCCUUCACAAUGCAGUCUUGCCUCUCGCGCCUUGCGGUGAACCUGGGACAGACAAAAACGACGUUUUCUCCAUAUAUCCACAUAUCUCCACACUCCGGACAGAAGGGUGACACUGCGUGCCCGAACCGAUGUAGAUAUUGCCUGAAGCAGCCAUGUCUAGACAGGAACUGCGUCAAGUAAAAAUUGACCUCACCGUGCAUUCCGUUCAACCAGGUCUCGUCUCGUCGAUUACCGUUGUUACGAUGUCAUCCGCAAAUCCCACGAUGUGCACGCUUCUGGGUACCUUCAGUGUUAGUACACCGUCGUACAUCGUGUUCCAAAGCGUUGUAUCUAGGAUGGAAACUUGUGGAACUCCCGUCGCGAUGUUCUUCAGUAUCUGUUCCCUGUCUAUGUUGUAUAACAGGAUCCGAUUCUGGAAAUAACUCCUCAAUAUCCUGUACAGGCAGCCAGCAACCUUCGAAGUAAUGAAACACAAGUUUCUUCAUUACUCGAGAAUUAAUCAAACAAAUGAAACCAAAUUUGGCAUGUGGAGGUUUUAGCGUGCAAUACAAAUGAAACACCAAUUUCUGCAUUACCCGAGAACUAGAGAACUAAUCAAGCAAACGAAACCAAAUAACCCCCUAUCUAAGGGGGAGCUGCCAUACAAAUGAAAGACAAAUUUCUGCAUGACUCGAAAACUAAUCACGAAAAUACCAAAUUUGACAUGCGAAGGUUUUGGGGACACAAAACGUUUCUAUGGCGAAUAGACACUCCUCCCGUCUCUCUGAGGGGGAGGGGGGGAGAGGUGGCUGCCAUAUAAAUCAAGCAUACAUUUUCACAUAAUUCAAGAACUAAUCAAGCAAACGGAACUAAAUUUGGCAUGUGGAGGUUUAAUGGGGAAGAAAAAUUUCUAAGGUGGUUCGACGCUCCUCCCCUCCGCCAUUGUGGCAGCCACUUCUGGCUUCCUUCCACCUUCACCCUCAAGAAAGCCAAUUCGGAUAACUAAAUUAAACACUCGACCUUUGGAAAGGCCUUGCUAGCGCUGUCUUCUGGUUGCUAGCAGGAUGACUGAUAAAUCGUGAAUGAUUUAUUGGUGAUUUUUUUCGAUCGAUCAAUUCAGUUUUGUGAAUUCGAGUAAUGUUUCCAGGUUAAAAGUGGCGUCGAAGCGCAACCAACCGGAUGAGAAGAGGGUAUUAUGAAGCGGUGAGAGAUACGUUCUUCUGCGAAAAACUGAAGGAGAAAGUUUGUUCCGCAGCGAUUGUUUUCGACGCCACCACUGUCUUUGUUUUUCGAGCCAUUUCCGAAGUCUUAUAUGAGUGAGACUGCGGAUCAAUCAGACCAUAUGCCAUCGAAAGAAACGAACGUAAUAAUCGGACGACGCAAUAUCGGGGGUAUAUGGCGAGUAGGAUAGGACUGCUCAUUUGAGUGUUUCCAAGUAGGACCAACCCUUCGUUAUUACCGUUCAGAAGAAGGUUCAUAGAUAAGAUCCUCCGGAAACAUGAGAGAAAGAAACACCGCCAAAACGCAACCACGCUUCAAUCACAAAAAGAGGACAUUCAAAGAAAUAGUCUCCCGUUUUACCCGAAAGUGACGAAUGCCAUUCGAGGGAGACAAACAGAGACAAACAGCCUACAAGAGCGUCCAUAUGCUGCAAGGUCUCCUGUGUUCCCCCAAGGACAAGGAUGAAAAGUCAGGUAUCUACGAGUUUCCGUGCAAAGCUUGCCCGGCUGUGUAUAUUGGCCAAACCUGUCGGAAGCUGAAAGUACGAUUGAGGGAGCACAGAUACGCCGUGGAAAAUAAGCGACCUAACGAAUCGAGCGUGGAACAACGCGAAACUCAAGAAGUGUGUCAGAAAGGCUUCCCAUCUUAAUGCAUGGGAAUCCAUGUUCAUUCUCACUGCUGAGCCGCCGCUUAUGAAUGAAUUUGAAGCUCCGAUUACAUCAUCUUUAUUCAACUUGACGAAACAGAACAUCCAAUGACCUGACUUUUCUUCGACGCGUAGUACACCAGUACACAGCUGUUUUUCUUUUAGUUGUAAUCAGUCGGACAUCGUCCUAUAGAUGGGCAGCAUCGAGCUCGAAACCAGUCGACUAAAAAGGUAAAUUUAACAUCCUUUUUACGUUUGUAAGAACAAUUGUGUCCUGUCGUGUCCCGCGUAUAGUGUUGUGUACAUUAGUUCUUACGUUAGCACAAUCCCAAAAAAAUGAGUUUCGAAUCAAUGCCAACAUGAAAUUUAUAUACUGGAAACAUUCAAACAGAUGAUGUCACAUAACGUGAAAAGACAGAUUCUAAGCUACAUUCCCCACUACAUUUUUGCAUCCACCGCGUCGAAGCACUGUGUCAACUAUUGCUCAGUAAGAAUAUUCUCUCUGAUGGUUAUGAUGUGUCGGAUGAUCCUGCAAAUGUUUUUCUGGACUUACUGGGUCACUGUAUUUAUCAGACCAUUGCCACUAUUACCAUAUGUUGAUAUUUUUUUUGAAUGAUACGCUGACAAACCUUAAAAAAAUUGACAAAAAACAAUCAGAAAUAUGUUCUCGCGGCACGCGUCAUACACAAUAUUGGAAAAUAUUGGAAAUUUAUUACCAAAGUGGGUGAUGUGCUGCUGAGUUGGUGUGUCAAUUUAUUGAUUCCUUUCGAAUGCUAGUGCCGAAAAAACAUUUGGAAAACCCGAUAGUUGCUAUUUUUAAUUUGUUGAAUCACUUGGGUAUUUUUAUACGACCGGGAUGGAAUAGUUGAAUAACAACCUUUUCGAAAGAAAUGAACAGAAAAAGUGAGAAAUUCAUAUGUUCUUGUACUUUCCAUUCUACGCGGUUUACGUGUGUCAAGAAGAAGAAAAGAAAUAGACUACAUGAAUCACAUUCAGAUAGAUUGGAAGAAUAUUUUAAAACAUAGACUGAUAUAUUAAAUGCAUUGACGAUAACGAUAAGUAGUCGAAAGAGCAAAUAAAGAAUACGGAAAGGAGACAGGAGACAACUCGUACGUAUCACAAAACGAAACAAAUGCACAGCAUAGUGUAUAGAUAUUGAUCGUCGAUUGUGAAACAAUUAAUGCUAAAGCAGGAAACAACUGCACCAGAACAACUGGAAAAGUAAUAAGCAAAAAAAAACAAUUAAGUUUAUGUAAAUUGGAAAAUUUAGAUCAAUUUUUUGAAUCGCUUCCCAGUAUGGUGUUGAGUAGCCCCUUUUCUCAACACCAUUGCCUGAUGCAUAAGAAAAAAAUCAUACGAACAAAUUAUUACAUAAAUCUGUUUAGGUUUGUAUUGAUCUGUACUGCGGAAUGAAGUCUAUUCCCGUGAGCAUGAAUGGUGAAUGGAACUGCAAAAAUAAAAAUGCACCACAAUAUUGCAUAAUCUGCAUAAGCGUGAACAGUAUUUUGAUUCGUUGCUAUUAUUUUAUUUGUAUAAACCAAAAAAAUAGAUGCGUUGAUAUAUAUAACGAAAAAGUCAAAUGUGUAUUCGGAGCUACAAUUGCGAUCGUUUCAGAAACAGAGAAAACGCAAAAAAACGAAUUUUAUUUG